CAAUCGCUGUGACUGUUUCAACAUUACUUGACAGACCAUGUACCGGCACGUGUACCCCUGCGUGUAAACUACUGUUGGGGAAGAACAGAGUGCACCGAUAGCAGAUACAGACCGUUAAACAAAGACAGUCGAAGCUAUCGACAUUUACGCUGUUUGUUUUGAAACUUUUGCCAUAGAAUCGUGUGAUGUCAACGCUGCAAUCAACAUAAAGGCAUUUUAAAGGUAAGCUUGUUGCAUUUUGGUGCUUUGUACACGUUAGCUAGCAUGCUAACGUACUUACUUGCUAUUAGUGCCCCAAUGUCCGAACAGCAGCUUAUACUUCAUUUAACCCACUUCACUUUUUAUUGUAUACUUUUAUACUUACAAUCGUGUUCGGCUUCUCGGGCACUAAUCGAGUGCAUAUUCUCUAGAUUUAAGGGUAAAACAUGCUCUUAUUGUACUCAUUAGAUAUCGCUUUGUGCUGACGACGCCGUCACAGUAAUAAAUGUGUUAUAUCUGUUUGUAUAGUGACAACACAACAGGCGUAUGAAAACAAAAUUACACUUAUUUCAAUUUUGUUUUUAUUUUUUGACUUUUCGUUUAAGUAGUAGUGUGGGCAUGAAUGUGAACAUUGCACAACCUAAUAGGGACGCUGUCACGUACAGGUUAGGAUCAUUUUGUACAGUAGGCUACGUGCGGUAUGCUUGCGACAGCAGAACAUUGAUACUAGGCUGAUUACUCUGAUUUGAUACUUCCUCCUUCUCUGAGUUAACUACAGCAUUUUUGUUGGAUUUAAUUUAGUAUUUUUUAUCUCUGUGACACAUCAUCAGCUCAACUGCAUUUGUUACUAAGUUUUUAUAUAUUAUUAUUACUGGGCAUUGGAUCUGAUAUUCAGCAUUUGACCAGUUAUGUCUACAGCAUAAAAGUGAGUACUUUAGUCGUGUGCUAUUUUGGCUUAACUGCAAGGAUGUGUUUCACUUCGGCUCUUACAAUCAACUUAAAUUAGUAUUGUUAUUGGCUCGGUAUCUGUUGACCACAGUAGACGUUCAUUCAGAUGUUGGUUAGAAAUUCCUGGGCUCCUAACACCUGCGAAAUACAUUUUUUAAAGUCAGGUCUGUACACAGCGCAUCCAGCCAAUCGAAUAAUGUCCUGUGAAUGACAACUGUUACAAUCCACCCAUGCAUGUGUAAUGUGCAGCUGCAAAUUCCCUGCAGCAGCUGCACAAAGCAGCGCAGAAAGGCUGCAUCCAAGGCUUUCCUGCUUCCAAUCGAGCAAUGCUUGUAUGUUGUCAGUGGACCAAUUUGCAUGUUUUUUUAACACCCAGCUGGUGUCGUGCAUAGAGUGGCAAGCUGGCAUCCAUGUCAUGAUAUGUGGCAUUUGACAGAUUGCUCAUGAAGCAUCUCUGAAGCCCUUUUCAAUAACUGUGUUUGUUUACUCAGUUAUCUACCUUCUUUAGAUGAUUGUGCAAAAACUGUGCAAGAGAGGUGAGAUUACAGGCUGCAGUAGCAGUAGUUGUGUGAACCUCAUGAUCAUAUGCAUUCAAUGGACUGAGUCAGCCUCAUAAGCAGGAGAAGCAAAUAUCGAUAACUAGAAUCACACUGAGAGAAAUAAUUUGCUUCGACUCUGAUGGGUGAGAAGAGAGCAGCAAAACUGUGCUACUCAGAGGUUUCCCCUAUAAACUAAAUCUGCUAUGCCCUAAAAUGGUGAAAAACAAAAAGAGAACAGAUAUACAGAAAGUGGAUUGGUAGGCGGAUGAGUCUGAGUGUCCUCCAUGGUCUCUGACUAUAAUAAAGCAAUCAUGAGGAUUGGUCUACACACUAGCUUCCGGGAAAUAACUCACAAGUGUCUCUUCAAGGUGUCUUAAGUGGCAGAGGUUCUUGUGUUUUUGUCAAUGAUGGUUGUCUUAACGUUUAAGAUGAUUAUUUUAAGGUUGGAGUGCAGAUUCACACCAGUCUCAGCCUCAUCCGGUGCCAAUUCUUUAUCUGUUUUUCUCAUUUAGUUUUGUUUGCCCUCUGAGAUAAAGGUUGUCCCACAGGGUUGUGAAGAUAGAUUUACCAGAAUUACUCUCUUGAUUUUAAUGUAAUAUUGUUUGUUGGGCUUUAUUUGACAGCAUAUCAGAACCUGCCUCUGUGCUUAGUUUUUCUGGCAGGCUAAUGACACUGCAUUAUUUAUGAAACCUUGAUUAUGUGCUGUGGAUGUUAUUGAAUUUUCUCCAUUAUGCUAUAGGCUUGAAAAUUUGGCUUGGGUUUUGUUCAUAGCUGAAACUUGACAGACAUUACAGACUAACACUGAGCAAGUCUGAGUUGUGGGUUGAGACUGAUAUGGUCAUAAUUUUUCCAUGUUAAUUAUCAACAUCUUUUGCUUUUGGUUUUGUCUCCAUAACCUGUCAUAUUUACUAGUUUAAGUGUCUUAAAGCUUAGGAGGCCAUUUAAUUUCAUAUGAUAUGAAGGAUUCUUUAAAACAGAGGCUGUGCCGUGCUCUAAUUCACACAAGGUCACUUUAAGACAUUUUUAUAUAUCCAUGCCAAGUACUAUAAAGAGCUGCACCCUCUCCCCUGGAAACAUGCUGGUACAUGUGCAUUUAUUACAGUGGAUGUGGAUGAAAAUAUCAGUUUAUUUUCAGUGGCUGCAAACAAAAAACACCCAUGAGCAAGUCUUGGGUUAAUUUAACAUUGUGAGGUUGUAGUUUAAGAAAUUAUUGAGCUGAAAAUGAUGUGUGCAUUUCUAAAUACCUAAGAAUGCUCCCUCAUUUAGUUGAUCUGUAAUUACUGGGAUGCUGGAAGUGCUGAGAAAAGAAAAAGAACAAUCACUCAACAAAGCAGGCACACCAACACAUGUUGAGCUGUGUGAGUAUAAUUUUACUAUUUCAGAUUUUUUAAAAAAUACUAGGCUGUCAUGGUGGCAAAGUAGUUGUAUCACAUAGAUGACUGAGGCGUUUUGAAUGAAAAAUCAAUACUGAACCGUGUAUGAACCCAUGUGGUUAAUACCUCCUUUUUCACAAGUGCACUUCUGGGAAUUUCCAAACAAUUUCUGCUCAGUCUGCCCGUGAGUUUUUUUUUUCAGAAUUCACACAUGUCCCUCCCAGCUGUAAAUGCUCUUGGUCUACAUGAAGUGACCUUUUUAAGUAAACUACAGUGUUAUGAUGCAUAUGAUGCAAUUCUGAGAUUCCCACUUGAUACAACAUUGGAUUAGCCCCCUUGAAGCUCAAAAUCUAAGAUGGUUGUCCCCAGCGUCAACUCCAAAACAGCUGCCCUUUUAAUGGUGUUUAUCAGCAACUUUGUCUUGUUUUGUGUAAUUUAACCAAUCAUCAACCAGUUUUUAUCUGUCAACAUGUUUUCAUGAGCUAUCACUUAGUGUGUGGUUAUUGUGUGGUAAAGCUAGCAGUGCUACCAGUAACGGGAGCCACUUGACUGAUAACUGGAACACAGUCAAGAUGUACACAGAAUAAAUACUGGUAAAUUUUCCUGAUUAUUAACUGCUGCGUUCUCGUAUUGGUUUUCAACUCAACCUCUUGUGAAAUUGUCAUCCGGGGGGGCUUGCAGAUAAAAGUCUGGAAAAGAUAAGGUGAAAAAUGUGGCCUGGAAAAAUUCUGGAAAUAUUCAGGAGUUUAUGUUUGACUACUACAAUGGAGAAUACGGGCAGCAUCAAGGAAUUAGAACUAAUUACAAUAAUUCAUUUAUAUAAAUCAGGAGGGGAAAAAAAUCAACUUAAAAUUAACUUAAUAUUACAUGUUAACCAUAGCCUAAAUUUAAGCCCAUUUUUUUGUAAAUUUACAAGUUUAUUCUUAUCACAGAAUCCUAAUUUCUUUUUUCGAUAGGCUUAGUACUCUGUCAUAGCAUAAAGAACUUCUGUACAGUACAGUAGUGGAUAGCUUUGUGUGAAUGUCAAAACUGUAAUGUGUCAUGUACCUUAGCUGUCAUUGGCAGAAGAGUAUUUCAAUAGCUGACUGAAUGUGUUACCCCCCCAUGACAAAGCUUAGGCACAGUGACACAGAGAACAUAUGAUUUAUUUGCAUGUAACAUCAUGCAAAGGUACUAAUCAGGUGAUACUCAUAACUUUAAGGCUGUGGUUUUUAGGUGUGGUCCCGGGGUCUAACCCUAAACCCUAAAACCUGGAAGGGAUAUUUAGAUUAUUCAGACUGAACAAAGUGUUUCUGAACUGAUUUUUUGCACAUUAAGGUCCAACCUUUUUUUAUUUUUUGGUCAUGUUUUUUCUUUAAAUCAGCGCAAUAUCAACAUGCUGUUUGACUUAUCAAGGUGACCUAAACAAGGUAGUAAAAUGAGUUCUGCUUUUCACAGUAUGACUUUAUUUUAAUUAUUGAAAUAUCAGAACAAUGAUUUAUCUUUUCAAUAGCACCUUAGGUAUGACUCUUUUCACUUAUGUACAAUAUGUGCAAAGAAAAUUCAAUGAUGCCUCAACAGGGAUUUGUGAAGAGCAUAAGGUACUUGUGCUUUUUCUAAUAAUAUACUCAGAAAUGUCCCCGGAUGUUUGUAGAGAAUAAUUUAGUAACCUGGUACAUUGUUAUAUAAUCCCUCGUACAGCAAGAAAUAUCAUGAACAUGGUGCGAACGCUUUUUUUUAUCCUCCCUACAAACUCAUGUUUGGCGCGUGUCUCAUUGUCUCGUAAAUGUACAUCAUGUACACUCCGCGCGCUCCUCCCCACUCGCUGGUCUUGAAUCAGCUCGUCUAAACCCACCCACUGCUCUGCUUUUCCAACGACACACAUCGAGGCUGAUCUGGGGCCAGCGUCUGGCACAGUUUCUGCGAGCCGCAGGCAGGACAGCCUCCUUUCUCACGCUCUCUCUCAUUGGCCUGACGUUCCGACCAAUCAGCGGCCGUCGAGGCUCGCGGAAAACACUGUUGUGGACACGUGCGGAAAUGUACACAGCGGAGAGGCGGUACAGAGCUGUGGUGCAGUUGAGAUUCGUACACUGGACGAGACAAGCUGAACAUUUGUGGGUUUGUUCCACGGACGCUCAGAGCGCACUAAAGGAAUAAAAAGGUACAUUUUUAUGCAUGUUUUGAUAAAUUUAACUUAUCGUAGGCUUAUGGUGAUACAAGGUGAUGUGACCGGGCUAUGGGCAACGGUGUGACAGGCGGACAAGUUCGCUCGUGGUCACGCACGGAUCCACGCCACACUUUGCCGCAGCGGGGAAGUGUUUCAGGUUACCUCGGGUUCCUUUCAGGUGACUUGUUUUGGACAGGGAGUGUCCCUUUGUGCGGUGUGAUGUCUGUGGAGUAAAGCACGUAGUGACCGUAGACUUUCAUAUCGUUAUUGAUCUUGUCGAUCUUAGGAGCAUCCUGUUCUUUGUCGUGCAGCUUAGUACAAUAGAUGAUUGUCAUAAACGGACAUGAGCAAUGAAUGGCGUGUGAUUUAGAGUCACUGAAGGAAAUCUUGUUCGGCUUUGGACAUUUUAAGGGCAAUACAACAUUUGUGUUUAUCUGCAUCGUUUGUAUGGGCUGCAGCUACCCCUCUGAUAGUGGUCGUGGUUAUCUGUCUGUUGUCUGUAAUGAUCAUUAAUUUUUAGUCUAAGGGGAUGUCCUUAAACAGCUUGUUUGGUUUGAUUUUGAUCAAUAUCAUUUUGAUAUGAUCCAUAGAUCCAUAUCCAGUGUGUAUAAAAAGCAAUUCCAUUUUAUUAUACGAGACAUUCAAACUGUGCUUAGUACAUUUUAAGAAAAAAAAACUCUUAUUCAUCUGCUUACUCGCAAAUCAUUACGCUGAUUCAUCAUUUCAGCUGUGACCAUAACAUCGCUGUUCUUUCUUUGUAUUCAUCAAACAAAUUGAGUGUUUACUUAGGCGACUUUGCAUGAAAAGAUUGUUUGCAGUGCGCUCUCAGAAAAUUAGCAGUUUCUACACUUGCAUGCUGCAUCCUCUCUGAAAGGGUUUAUUUUUAUGACUAAAAACAGCGUAGCUUAAGUUGGGUUUUCUGAUUAGAACUUGCAAUACGAUACAAACCCAAGACGACUGACCCAGAAAACAUUCGUAAAAGCAACUAAAACAAUACUCAGAAACGUUAAAAUGAUAGAAACACAUAAUAUUAUGGAGUGUAGUGACAUUAUUCUUAUGCUGUGCUGGUACUAAAUAGUGGAUUGGCGGUGGUAUUGUUUAUUCACCAUGUUUAUAGCAGUGGGAACAAAGGAGUUUCGUUGACUGUUCUUACUUGACUCAGCUAAACAUGGAACUUCCAGUCCCUGCCAAAGUCAAUAAAAUGGUUAUAUGCCGGUUUACAACUUAAUCAUGAUCAAAAUACUGCCAUCUGUGCUGGUGUGAGUCAGGUAGUAGGUUAUUCAAACACGAUGGUAGCAGUAGCCAUUAACUGAAGCUACCACCCUGGCUUGUUGCAGGUGACUACCAUGGCUCAGAUGCAACAUAUGACCAGAUUCCUGACGUUUUAGGUUCUACGAUCAUAAAUACAUGAUUAACUUGUUUAAACAGACUAGAUCUGUUGCUGUUUUCUUAACUUUUAUCGCAAUAUUUUACUUAAGCCAUGUUUUAAUAGGGUGACAAAAUGCUUAAGUCAUUUUUUGACGAAAAUUAGUUUUUGAGUUUCAUCUCAAGAGAUGAUUUAGGCCAAAAACUAAUUUUAAAAGAUUUUACAUUUAAAGUUAAUGCAUUUGACCAGACAUGUCAAGAUUAAGUGCUACAGCGUUUGAGUCUUAGAGUUAGUAUUAAAGUCAGGCCGAUUAAUCAAUCAGAAUAAUCAACGGCCUUCUGAUAAUCAGCAUAAGCUGAUGCCUGAAUUUCAGCCAUGCUCUGAAAAGUGUAGUGUCACCCAAAGUUAUUUGUUUUUCCGCGAUAAAUCAAAAUCCAUCUAAAAAUGUUACUAGCUAAAAUAACCAUGUAUACAAUUUAGUGAUGGCAUCAUAAAGAGUUCAUUGGCUGACCUCCUUUUUAAUUACUAGUACUGGAAUAUCUAUGUUAUCAGUACAUACAGUGUGAUAAAUACAAAUGCAGAUCCCAGUGUUAUGAUCCCAUAAAAGUUGAGGUUGGUUUUUGAAAUACUAUAUUCAGAUAAUAAGUUUUUUAUUCACUUGAAAGUUUUAAAAAUGCCACAUAUUGCUCUUGUGAAAUAUUGUAAUAAUUAGCAAUUUGUAUAAUCAUAAUUCCUGUAUUUUGAUAUGUUUUGUGUUACAACUACUGAGAAGAUGGGAGAGAAACAGGUUUCAGGCCAUCCACAUUCUCAGCAUACAUUUCACAUCAACUUAAAACUUAUCCUUUUCAUAGCUUUAAGGCAUGGUUGACGAUCUGAGAAGCAGUUGAAAAAAAACUGAGCCGUUAUGGCAGAUUUGAAACAAGCAUCCCAAACCCCACACACACAAACGUCUCCCCUCUGUGCUCUUCGAUAACUUGGAUCACCCUCCUCACGACACACCCCCUCUGUCAGAGCAAGAAGCCGGCCGGCAGAAGAUCCUGCACUAGCUUCAAAUAGGAUUCAAAAUGUCGGACUGUUAGUGACUCGCGGCAGUUAACGCCAGCUUUGGUCGCGAGCACCGUCUGCAGCUGCCUAGACAGCUACCGUGUUGACUUUGUACAGACUAAUAAGAGUUAUUUCUGUAACAUGUACCACGGUAAAAGGCAAAAAUUACCUGUUCAACGAAAACUCUGCUGUCUCGGCGUCCGUUUUCCUCGCGGAACUUUCUCCACCGCUCGAAGGAUGACCGGCUGUUUAUUCGAGUCAAAGUCCUCACUUUUUUUCUUCCAACUUUUUGGCGGUGGGGCGAGUAGAAGUGUUUUUUUCCGUCCUUCCCCAUCACAGCUCCUGUAGCUAAGCUGCUGCUCCAUUUUAGCCGCUCAGAGCUUCAAGGAGGGCCGCGAGGCAAAACUUUUUUCGGCUCGAGCUUGUGAUGACGUUUCACAGCCGUUUCAAAGGGAUAACCAAUCGGAGCCCAGCUCUUCUAGCCAAUCAGAGGCGAAGGAGGCGGGACCUUCCCCUACCAUCCUACGAAAAAAAAUAUCGCGGCCGGGAGAGAGCGAGAGGACGAGUCGGAACUACGGGAGAGGGGUGUGUCAAAUUCAGCGAGGUGAUUGGAUGGAGAGGCGGAGUUAGAGAUUGACCAAUAGGAGCUGUCCAGGACGUAUGGCUCCCAUUGGUUAAUGUUUUUGCAGCCCUGCAGUUGCUAGGGUGAACUGUUUUCUUCCAUUCUUUCCUCUCUUCACUUUGUAGAGAUCCCACUAUAGGACAAUGACUGCCAUAUUAAUGAGGUUCAUAAUAAUUAUUAAUCUCUCAAUUGUCAACCUUUAAGCAGUGUGUCGCAGCUAAUGGCAGUAAUACUCAGUUACUAAAGGAAUCCUAGUAUUUCAGAAAUUAGUGUCCAGAGUGUGAAUGUUAAAUAGAGGCUAAGGUACCACUGAGAGUCUUGUAUGGGCUGCAAACGAUUUUCAUGUACAUCCUCACUAUAACAUAGGCUACAAUUUGCAUAAUCAGAGACUGAGUGCAUUUCCUGUAAAUAAAUGGAGCGAGUGGGCGACAUUGGCUUGCACUGUUACCUUACAAUCAUGGCUUCAGACUUGUGGACUUGCCUGUGUUUGUGUGGGUUUCCCCUCUACAGGCCAUAGACAUGUGUGUUAGGUGAACCGGAAACCACAUGUAGGCGGGGAUCUGACUGUCACAGUCGUGCCUGACCGUGUGUCUUGUCUUGCAUUCUUCGGCUUCAACACUGAAAAUUUAAUCUAAGAGAUGCUCUCUCUGUGUAAGCAAAUGGCCCACGGUUAGUUGAGCACGUGGGUGACAUAUCCAGGUAUUCUAGUAUCUGAACAUGAAUCCCCACUGCCACCUCCGCCCACUGCCUUGUGUCUUCCCCAUCACCCAUGGAAGUUUGCAUGGAUGCCAAGCUGCCUUAACGCCCACUCGCACCCUGCUUGCAUAUUCCCAUAAUUACUCCGGCCCCUCAGCCCUGUCAGCGAAGAACACACAACCCGCCAUGUGCAAAGAGUGUAUCAUCCAUCUGACCAAACAUAGUGCUGAUUGGCAUUACACUGGAAGAUGGUUGCAUUUUACUCAGAGAUGGGCUGAUACCAUUUUCUCCUUCCUGGUACCAGUUCUGAUGGUAUUGUUGUCAUUCUGUACCCUUCAGCAUUACCAGUAACCUUUUCAACUCCCCGUGGUCAUUGCAUUUGUUUCUGCUAUUUCCGUUGAAUUUGUCAUCAGCUGUUAUCCUCUCGUCAGAUCAAAUAGUUGAUCUCUCAAACCAGCAGGACCGCGUCAGAAAAAGCCCACAUUCGUCUGCGCUCUAAUUGAAAAUGUCCUGAACAAAUUAUGACCCCUCCUAAAAGCAUCGCGGCUCACCUGAAGCGAGGCAGGUAAAGGGGGUUGUGGGGCAGCCAGGUGUACACACUUGACAGGAUUUGUCAACUCCUGUUGCGUCUGCGGGGAUUAAGGGAUUACGGGGCGUCUCCCGUGUACGGGAAAUAAAUAGCAAUAGACUUUCACUUGCGUAGGUGCGGGCCAUUUAUAAACUCGCAGAUGCUAUUCACAAGCGAACCCUUGUUUAUAAACAACCUUCCACCUGUGCGCUUUGUCCCCGUCAACCUGCUGUUCCGUUUGUUGUGACCGUCAUCUGGGUAAAAGUGGACUAAGCCAUGACGACCAACUGAUGUCCUGUGUUAAUUUGACUCCAGCACAUGCUCACCGGGUCUUAAUUCAGAUGCACACAUACGUACACGCUGCAUGCAAAUCAGAGAUUAUUGUCUGUUCUUUUAAGAGGAGGUGACUUCUGCUCACAGCUGGAGCGAGAAACCUCCAGUGAAAACAUUCAUCAUGGCCAUGUUUGAGUCUCCUUCCAAGGCCAACAAGAUAAACCAAUCAUGAGAAAUUUGUUUUUUUUUUUUUUUUUUUGUUGUUGUUUUGUUUUACACAGACACUAUGAAGCAUUGUGUAAUCCUGCAGCUGAUAUAAUUUCCUCUUCUCUCUUUGUUUCUGACAUGUCAGGUGGCCUUUAUCACAGAGAGCGAUACAUCUUCAAGGAGGCGACAAAAAGACCAGAGUGACAAAGACAUUUGUCGUUUUUUUUUCUCUUCUGAACACUGAGAGCUGUUGUUCUCACUCUCACUCACCAGCACUUACUCCAUCUGUUGGAUGUGCUUAUGCCAAGGCGGAUCCAUCUGAGGACACGCCUUUAAGUGACACUUUUUCCUCGAAAGAAUCGCUUUUUGUUUAUAUUCACAACUGGCUGAGAAUCUGCAAAAGCGAACCCUUAUUUACAGACUGAGAGGCCUCACUUUCUCACCUUUUUUGAGCACAUGAGGCAAUGCGUUUCUCUCCCUAGUUCUUUUAACAACCAGCAAGCAAUUAUGAUUCAUCCCGGGAUACAUAGUAGUCCCACUUAAAUCCACGUUUUUUUCCUGCCCCCCCUCAAACAAGCUGUUCCAGCCUCAUUCUACUCUAGUAUGAGUUAUGACAACUCUAAAACGCCCAGUAGCAGCACUCGGGGGCGAGUGGCGAGGGCCGACGAGAAAGACCACAAGCAGGACGCAGAGUCUGAAGGGUUAAACUCUCCGAAAACCAGCGGCGGGCAGAGCGGUGCCAAUGUCCAGACUCAGGAGCAAGGAGGCGCAGGGGGAGCGGAGCGAGGGUCCUCCCCCAGCGGAGGGUCAGGGUCCGGGAGCUCCUCCGGACACGGAAGGGGGCCAAACUCGGACGAUAUGGACGGGCUCUCAAGCGGGAAUGACUCAGGGGAACGAGAAAGCGAAGGAGGGAUGGAGAGGGAGAACGGGUCACGGGGAAGGCAGUCGACGCGCAGCUCUAACAGCUCGUCGAACGGGAAGGACUCGGGAAUGAUGCUGGAGACCACGGAGAGCAACAAGAGGUGAGUCAGGAGGAAAUCCUCUUUAUGUAUUAACACACCGUCAAAGAUUUACCCAACAUGAACUGUCAGUCUAAACAAAACUCAAAUUCAUGUUUCAAAACCUUCAAACCACCAACAUUUAAAAACUAAAGAGUCUUUUUCUGCAGAGCCUUUCCUUCAACAGUUUUUCAUCACACUCACUUCAAGAAAUUAGAAGCAUAUGUUAAAUUCUUCUGUUAUUAUAACAUACUUAAAAAAUGGUGCAAGCAUAAACAGAAAUAGUCCGACUUGGUCUGGGCAGUCCUCCACCAGAACAGUCCAUGAUGUCAUUCUCUUCACCUCAUCUGCCCUCUCCCUUCUCUCCCUCAGCUCAAACUCCCAGAGCCUCUCCCCACCCAGCGGCUCCCUGGCCUACAGCCUGCUGUCCACCAGCUCCGAGCACGACCCCCCCUCCACGUCUGGCUGCAGCAGCGACCAGUCCGCCCGGGUCCAGACCCAGAAGGAGCUCAUGAAGGCCAUCAAGGAGCUGAAGCUGCGCCUGCCGAGCGAGCGCAAGGCCAAAGGUCAUUCCAGCACCCUGAACGCGCUCAAGUACGCCCUGCAGUGUGUGAAACAAGUGCGAGGUGAGGAGAGGAUUCUUGUUUCUUUUCUAACUUUAGCCUGUUAGCGAUGGUCGCUGUGAUAUAACUGUCUUUACCUCGGGUCACCCCCCCUAAAUGAUUUAUGUUGGAUUUGUUCCAGCCAACAAGGAGUACUACCAUCAGUGGAGUGUGGAGGAGUGUCACGGCUGCAGUCUGGACUUGUCUGCUUUCACUAUUGAAGAGCUCGACAACAUCACCUCAGAAUACACUCUCAAAAACACAGUAAGAUCUUACAAAUACUCAUUUAUCUCUGCUCCAUAAUAAAGGCUGUUCACCUUUAAUUUAAGUUCUUCUUAUCCAAACACAUUAUUGCAAUUUCACCCUCAGGUUUUAAGAAUAACUCCAAAUUCUGUCCUCCUCUGUUUUUCCUCUCUCAGGACACUUUCUCCAUGGCCGUGUCGUUCUUGUCGGGUAAGGUCGUGUACGUCUCACCUCAGGGCUCCUCUUUGCUUCGCUGCAAGCCCGAGUAUCUCCAGGGGACCAUGUUUUCGGAGCUUUUAGCCCCGCAGGACGUCAGCACUUUCUACAGCGGCACGGCGCCCUGCCGCCUGCCACCCUGGGCCUCCUGCAUCGGAUCUGGUGAGCUGAACUCGCUGUGAAAAAUAGAAUAAUUGGUGUGACACAGUGUAGAGAGAUUAUGAUCUUUAUUUGGAUGAGUCUCUGACCCUCCUCCUCCUCCUCCUCAUCUCUGCCCCUUCAGCUUCAUCUCCAGUGGACUGCACUCAGGAGAAGUCCAUGUUCUGUCGGAUCAGCGCCGACCGGACGCAGGGCGGCGAGAUCCGCUACUACCCUUUCCGCCUCACGCCGUAUCAGCUGACGAUCAGAGACUCUGACGCCGCUGAGCCUCAGCCCUGCUGCCUGCUCAUCGCAGAGAGGGUCCACUCCGGAUAUGAGGGUAUUUGUCCGUUUAUUUCAUCGUAUUUCAAAGAUCUUUUGUAGUGUGUAAAAACAAAGCCACGCUCCUCCUCCUCGGCAUGUUUGUAUUGUGGCUGUGCGGCGUUGAUAAAGUGAUGUCAGAGUAACCCUGGCACCACAGCCGCUCUAGAUCUCUGAUUAUCACAUGGCAACAUAUUUGAGUUGUUUCUCUCAAGAUCGGGUGUAAAUGCAUUUGAGCAACAAGAUAAGAUUUGACAGUCAUGAUAUCCUGAUUGAUGUCAAGUAGAAUAUUCUUGAAGGAAAUGAAAAAGGCUGCUUUUGACUUUUGACAUGGACGCCACAUGAUGAAAUAAAAGUGACUUUAUAGAAGUGAACACCCUCGAAAUAAGACGUCUCAUCUGUCGUCUCUUUGCCCCUCGCAGCUCCUCGUAUCCCUCCAGACAAGAGGAUCUUCACAACCAGUCACACUCCCAGUUGCCUCUUCCAGGAGGUGGACGAGAGGUCAGUAGGCUUCACGCUGAUAGGCUGGUUAACUUCAAACCGCUCUGUUUUCUUCUCUAAAAAUAAACUUCUCAUGUCUAACAGGCUGUAAAUAUGUUGUAUUUUUCAGGGCGGUGCCGUUGUUAGGCUACCUGCCUCAAGACUUGGUGGGAACUCCUACCCUGCUCUACAUCCACCCUGAAGACAGACCGAUGAUGGUGGCCAUCCAUGAGAAGAGUGAGUCUAUUGUGGACACACAGACGACAUUUACAAGAUUAGGGGCUUUUUUUCCUGCGAUGUUCUGUUCUGCUGGUCUCGUGUUAACACUCCUGCGUUAUCUUCUCUUUCAGUCUUUCAGUUCGCAGGGCAGCCGUUUGAAUUUUCUCCUUUGAGGAUGUGCGCCCGCAGCGGGGAAUAUCUGACCAUCGACACCAGCUGGUCUUCCUUUGUGAACCCGUGGAGCAGGAAGGUGGCCUUCAUUGUUGGACGCCACAAAGUCAGAACGUAAGAGAACUUGUUGACUGAAUAGUUUUUGAAUGAAGUUAUCUAUUGUGUCUCCGGUCCUCAAACAUAUUCUUUGAUGUCCCUUCAGGAGCCCCCUGAACGAAGAUGUGUUCACGAUGCCGCAAGGCUACGAAAGCCGGGUCACCACGCCCGACGUGGUCCAGCUCAGCGAGCAGAUCCACAGGAUCCUGGUGCAGCCGGUGCACAGCGGCGGCUCCCAGGGCUACAGCUCGCUCGGCUCAAGCGGCUCUCGAGGCUCCAGACGCUCGCACCAACAGCACCUCAGCGCCUCUGCCGCCUCGUCCAGCGACAGCAACGGGCCCGCCAUGGACAAGACCGUCGCUUUACACAAACCAGUGAGUCUGAAUUACCACAGAGUUUAAAUCUCCAGUUUUUUUACCUGAAAUUAAAAGUCAAAUAUCUUGAUGUUUUAAAAAAUGGUGAAUUAAAGAAAAUUUCGAUGCCUUUUUUUAACCCCCAGAUGACGUUCCAGCAGAUCUGCAAAGAUGUUCACAUGGUGAAGACAAACGGGCAGCAGGUGUUUAUCGAGUCCCGUAACCGGCCGCCGCCCAGAAAAAACACAAGUGCAGGUAAAAUCAAAUCUCUUUUCCAGAGCAAAUGACAUUCAUCCCAACAGUAGAACGUUAAAGCUGCUUCACUGAGUAGGAUGAAACCCGGCCUUUAACCGUGUCCAUUUUCUGUCUCUCUCUAUUCCUCAUCCAGGCGCAGCAGCAGGCAUCAAAGCCCUCCCCAGUGACCCCAUUAGAGGUUUGAUAGCUGAUCUGACCAAACCACCCAAAUCUUUGGUCCCUACAGCCCUUGUACAGAAAGACCCCCCUACUGGCUACUCCUAUCAGCAGAUCAACUGUCUGGACAGCAUCAUAAGGUGCAGGUCCAACCCGAAAAAGCCUCUUUAUCUUUUCUGUUUUCAUCCAAAUCAUGACUAACCCUGCUACGCUCGGAUUCCACACAGGUACUUGGACAGCUGUAACAUUCCUAACACGAUCAAAAGGAAGUGCGGCUCGUCCUCGUGCACGGCGUCCUCCACGUCUGACGACGACAAACAGCAGGAGGCCAGCGGGAAUAACAAAGGUACUUUUUGACUUUUUCCCUAACUCCUUUUCAUCUUCACAGCCGCUAAAGCAAAGUCGUGAGGCAGUUGUAAUCUGCGGAUACGUUGAAGUGCAACAUUUUCCUUCUAUGUUUAUUUCUACAGAGAAAUGUCUUCAUUUGCUUGACACAACUAUUAACAAAGUGUUGCACUCGUGUCUCUACAGGUGGUUCAGUCAGCCUCGUAAGUGAACCACCUCCUCUGCCUCCUCUGACCAUGGCCACAAAGGCCGAGAGUGUAGCCUCAGACCCGUCACAGUGUAGCUUCAGCAGCACCAUUGUGCACGUGGGAGACAAGAAGCCUCCCGAGUCAGGUGGGAACCCUCACUCUCUCUGAACCUCUUAGUUUGUCUCUCAGCAGGUCAUCUCUUCUAUCAGAUCUUUUGAUUAAUUUAAGUUGAUUAAUGGAGUUCUUCUGUAACCGUCAGUAAAGUUUUAAUUCUUGAGAAGUCCUAUCUUGCAGAAACUUCUAGAUGUAUGAUUAAAAUACACAUUGCAAGUAAUCUGAGUUAUGCUUUUGCCUCUCAUGUAGCAUGUUUUAAAAUGAUGAACAACGUGACAGCUCCUCAAAAGUGAAACCAAAACACUCUUUGUCCUUCGAAUGACUAGAGCCUGUCUCCUCCAUGUAAACAGACGGGACAUUGGGCAAACUUCAAAAUCAAAAUACAUCAAAUACUUUUUUAACCGUACUGUGGUAUCUUGAGGAUCUCGACCUCUGCCUCAGAAGGUAUUCUGGUUUCACUUUUGUACGACUAGAGGAGGUAAAGACACAUUGUCUAUCGUUACAUGCAGUCCAUGAUCUUGGAUGUUCGCAGCUUCUGUCGUCUUGUUCUUUCUGCUUUGUGCACAGCUGUGUUCUGCAUUUUUUGACUCUAUUUUUGAAAAUAGUCUGACUUCAGAAACUUACGUUCAAGCGCAGUCAGUAAACUGACCCGACUUACAUCUGCAAGCAUUAGCGACUCUAGGCUACCUCUCAUAUUAGACGGUUAAACAAAGUUUGUGUGAAUUAACGUUCUUUUGCAAAGAUGAAGAAGAAAAUAAGUUGCUUUAUUUCUGUUGCGCUCUAACGCUCGUCCACCCCUGCUUCUUCUUCUUCCAUCACAGACAUUGUCAUGGAGGAGGCUCCCACAACUCCUAUGCCUGCCCCCUCCACGACAACACCACCUCGUCUCACCAGCGGCCCCACGCCUUCUACGAAUGCCGCGGUCACCCCUCCUCCUCCUCCACCUCCGCCACCCCUCCAUCAAGCCGCUCAGCCGGAGAGGGACAGCAGGAGGAGUGGAAGCGUAGGAGGAGGGAGCGGCGGCGGAGGGAGGAUGGGUCUGACCAAAGAGGUGCUGUCCGCCCACACGCAGCAGGAGGAGCAGGCGUUCCUUGACCGCUUCAAGGACCUCAGCAGGCUGCGGGUGUUCGAUCAGACGACGUCUUCGGGUCUGCAGUGUCAGACCACGGCAGCCAACCCACUGUCACGAGGUACACACAGGCGCAAGAGAGACGGAGCUCUGAGUCAAAUGUUGAUAGAAACAGAAUUCGUUUUAUAGACCCAUGUGGAGAUUCCCACUUUAGAGCCACUGUGAUAUUUGAGGUUUGAGAUCAGUCAUUAAAAUGCUGCUCCCAUUUCCUUCAGGUGUGCGUUGUUCUCGGGAUUACCCCGCCGCAGGAAGCAGCACGGGUCACAGACGUGGUCGCGGCGGUAAAAGACUCAAACACCAGGAGUCUUCGGACCAGCACAGCUCUCUUGGCCGGAGCGGAAGCCGGCGGGACCCCAGAACCAGCGCAGCCCCCAUCCCUCCAAACAUGCCAAUGGGACCCCCAACAAACUCCUCCUCCUGGCCGUCUGUCGGUUCCCAAAACAGCAUUCCCUCGGCUCCUUUCGCUCCGGGGAUGCUUCCUAUCUACCCCAUGUACCCUCCCAUGACACAGCCCUUCCCACAGACCAUCCAGGACCCCACGCGUUUCCCCCCCACCCAGAUCGUUCCCCCUAUGAUGGCUCUCAUGCUGCCAAACUACAUGUUCCCCCAAAUGGGAGCACCUAUUUCUCAAGCAGCUGCCACACCCGGACACUUCUACAAUCCGAACUUCCCGCUCCCCGUCAACACCCUCCCCUCCGUCCCAAACCCUGUCCCCAUCCCGCCCACUUGCGUCCCCUCUCGCAGCAGCACCCCCCAGUCCUGCAGUCAGGCACCCGCUGACCGCGAGGGUGCGGAAUCCCCCCUCUUCCAGUCCCGAUGCUCAUCUCCGUUGAACCUCCUGCAGCUGGAGGAGUCACCCAGCAACCGCUUGGAGGUCGCCACGGCUCUCGCUGUAUCACAGCAAGCGACUCCUUCCGUGCAGGGGGGAGGAAGUCAGCCACUGCAGAGCUCAGCCAACCAGGGGAGCUCUGAUGACACCUCCAAGGAGAACGAGAAUGUGAGUCCCCAAGUCUCCAGAAGUGGGAGUGUAAAUCAAAACAGACAUAAACCGUUAAAAUGUGACGCUCAUCUGAUGUCUUUUUCCCUCUUUAGGGUGAAACCAAUGAGUCCAACCAGGACGCCAUGUCCACCUCCAGCGACCUGCUCGACAUGCUGAUGCAUGAAGACUCCCGCUCAGGCACGGGCUCAGCUGCGUCCGGUUCGGGGUCCUCUGGCACCAGGUCCUCUGGUUCAGGAUCUGGCGGCUCUAACGGCUGCAGCUCUUCUGGCACCAGUGGCAUGAGUGAGUACACCGACAUUUCAGAUAUCUCUGUGAUGCACUUGUUGAGUUUGACUUUGCCGUGAAGUCCUGGAUCUGUUCCUGUAUUUAACUCAGCCUUGACCCCCCCACCCUCUUGUGCUUCCACAGGCAGCAGCCAGGGCAGCCACACCAGCAAAUACUUUGGCAGCAUCGACUCGUCAGAGAACGACCACUCCCGGAAACAGACAGCAGGGGGCAGCAGUAGCGGGGGAGGAGAUGGUGGAGAGGAGCAGUUCAUUAAGUGUGUCCUCCAGGACCCAAUCUGGCUGCUGUUGGCCAACACUGAUGAAAAAGUCAUGAUGACGUAUCAGCUGCCUGUCAGGUAAGACUCAGGGCUAAAUUUGCACAUAAGGCACACUUUGCAGACUUACAUUAUUGUAGAAUUUCACUAUUUAUUUGGUUGUGGUGACACUUUUCCCUGCGUCUGGUCUUACAGGGACAUGGAAACAGUUCUACGAGAAGACCGUGAGGCCUUGAGGAGCAUGCAAAAACACCAGCCACGCUUCACUGAGGAGCAGAAGAGGGAGCUGAGCCAGGUUCACCCCUGGAUCCGCACUGGACGCCUCCCCAGAGCUAUCAACAUUUCUGUGAGUAUCUUUUUUUUUUCUCUAAAUAUGUAAAAAAAAAAUUGAUAAACAGCGCAGGAAAUGACAGAUUUCUUUCUUUGUUUCCCUCAGAGCUGUACAGGCUGCAAGUCCCCUCCCUCCAUUCCUCCUGUCGCUCCAUUUGACGUCGAGAUCCACGAGAUGGAGCUGUGCAGCAUGCUGAAAGCUCAGGGGGAGGGCGCAGACGAGGGGAAGAAAAACCUCUUAGAGACUGCCAUGGAUGGAGGUCACCCAGAAGAUGAGGAAGAAGAGGAGGAAGAGGAGGAGGUGGAGGAAAAAGACACUAAAACACUAGACAGUAGUCAGGAAUUGCGGGCAAAGAAGCCGAGCGUGAGCUCAGACACUGCAGGAGAAAAAGUGGAGGCUCAACAGCCCGAGUCGCAAAUGACUCACUGAUUUUGGGGCCAAAGAUUGAGAGCACUGUUGAGAACUUCUGCACUGAAUGCAGGAAACACAAACACAGGCCCUUUCUGCGCCUGGGGGAAUAAUAACACAAAGGUGCAAGGUGUUAUUUACGCACCUUUCGGGACCUUUCCGCACCUUAAAACAGUCCUACACAGGAUUGAAGCUGUUAAAUAUUCACCUUCUGGGACCUUCCUGCAGCUAAAACAGCAUUAAAGAGGAUUUUACACCUUCCACGACCUCACUGUACCCACUACACAUGGUGUUAAGUGUUAAACAGGAAUUAAAGGUGCGUAUUUAUUAAGAAAACUUCCAUUUAUUGAUGGACAGGUCACGUUUGACACCUGACCAGGUUCAAUUCUCUGUGAAGUUUGAUGCCAGCACACGAGGCGUGUUGUUUGACUGCAUAUUCAAACGCCUUGGACGCCACAGGACACCGGCGCACUCGCUUUCAGAGUGUCACUGCCCUCCCGCAGCUCCUGACGUAUUUAUUAAAGUUCGUUCACAAUCAGACAGGACGAAGGGGAAUGUGUUCGGAGAAUGGCGCCCUCGCUUAAAGAUGGAUGUCGUUCAUCACCACAGUGUCCUCCGCCUCCUCCUCCUCGUCUUCAUCCCUCCCGUUCACGAGGAAAGAAGGGAGUUUAUCCGUGACUUUUCUUCUUGUUGAAUGUUUCUCAAGUUUCCCACCUAGACCUGUUUCUCUCACAGACUCACGUUGUUUUUUUUAAUGUCCAAAGUUCGUCUCUACUAAAGCACUUCAAGAAAAAACAACUGUCUUUCAAUAGUCAAAAUGUACAGUAAGAACCAGGUUUAUUUUGUAAACAGUGUGUAUAUUUUUAUACUUUCAUCCACUGCAAAGAGCAAAACGAUAGAAGAGGGUCUCCACUGCGAAGUGUGAGGAAACCAGGAUGGAAAUCUGUUUUUUUGAAUUUGCAGAAAGAAGAAGAAAAAAAAGAAAAACAAUCACUACACAGUCUCUGAAACAGAGAUGACGUAUUUCAUUGUGACACAGCAAUCUAGUUGCUUUACUUGAGCAAGGUGCAGUCAAUCGUGGGGCAACGUGGCAAUGGCCCGGAGACCAACCUGAACUUCUGGGGGUUCGUCCUCGGCUGGGCAUUAGUUGUGCAUUCUUGUGAGAAUACAACAACAACAACAACAACAGCGCGCCUCUGAGUGUUGAUCGCACUCUGGGGCGCGGAGAAGCAGGAGAGCAUUCGUUUUGCUUGCUCAAGAUUGUAGAUGUAUUCGAAAGAGGCGGACAUGACUCUUGAGAGAGUUUCACUCUCAUUUUUUCCCUCUUUCUCUCUCUCUGUGGCACUGUUCUGGUCAUGUGAUAUCCUAUGCUUUAUGGCGUCAGUGGUGUUUGCAACAGUUUCUAAAUAUUUUUGUGAAAUUCUUUGUACAAAAAAAGACAAUAAAACAACAUGAAAAGCCUUUACAUGUGAAUUUUCUUUUCUAUUCUACUGCAACUGGCUUUUAUGAUUACAUCUCCCGACUGCCUAUUUUAGUCAGCGGGUGUUUUGCAACGUUUUGCGUGUUUACACAGAAGUGUUCGGGGUGAGCUGGAAGAAGAGAGAGCGGAUCAGGGCAGCUGCUUUCCUCGCAGAACCGCAGUCUGCUUCUAUCCAGCUGUGGUUUCUACCCAGAGUGGUCACCGCAGCUUAAAAAAGACAAAGACAUGCUCUCUUCUAGGCAGACACAAAGCUGGGAACCUCAUUACACUUCAUAAUUAUAACAAUGACAGAGAUAAUCCUCAUGUAUGUUGGUCAUUUCAAGACCGAGCUGUUAAUAAACUAGCUUGUGCAAAGUCACAUCUAGUUUAAACUUCAGUUUUUCUGCCAAAACUAAAAUAUUUCUGAAUACCUUCUAUAAAUAAAAAAACUGUUUAUAAGUCCAAUCAGUUCUAUUUCAAACCUGCAUUUAACCAAAUUCUUUCACCCACCAUUUAUUUUACUGAACUGUAAUUUUCUGUGGAGGAAUUUAAUCCUCAUAAUAACCUUCACUUUCAGAGUAAAUUGGGCAUGUGUGCCCAGGUGAUUUCAUAAAUAGAGCUAACAGCUAUGAAAUCUUUCCAUCAUUGUUCUUUUUCUCUAAACUUUACUAUUUACACACCUUUAAAAAUAAAUGGAAUAAAAGAAAAUUUCAAAGUAAUAUAUCUGAAUGGAGAUACUUCAUUUUGGGAGCACCAAAAAAUAAAUUAAAUUCAAUAAACCAAGUUACAGUGGAUAUAAAACAUCUACACACCCCUGUUCAACUGCCAGGUUUUACUGAUGUAAGAAAAUGACAGCAAGAUAAAUAUUUUCACAACUUCUUCCACCUUUAAUGUGACCUAUAACCUGUACAAUGCAAUUGAAAAACAAACAGAAACCUUUAAGGGGAAAAAUAAAAAAUAGAAAAGUUAAAAUAAACUGGUUGCAUAAAUAUGCACACCCUCAAACUAAUACUUUGUUGCAGCUCCUUUGGCUUUUAUUACAGCACUCAGUCUUUUUGGACUGAGUGCUCGACUUUUUUGAGUCGAUCAGCGUGGCACAUCUUGAUGUGGAAAUAUUUGCCUACUCUUCUUUGCAAAUCUGCUCCAAAUCUGACAGAUUGUGAGGGCGUCUCCUGUGCACAUCCCUCUUCAGAUCACCCCACAAAUGUUCGAUGGAUUUCAGGUCCGGACUCUGGCGGGGCCAUUCCAAAGUCUCAAUCUUAUUCCGGUGAAGCCAUUCUUCUGUUGAUUUAGAUGUGUGCUUUGGGUCAUUGUCGUGCUGAAACAUGACGAGGAACUUCAUCUUUCUAACAGAAGGUUGAAGGUUUUGUGCCAACACUGACUGGUAUUUGGAACUGUUCAUAAUUCCCUCCACCCUGACUAAGGCACCAGUUCCAGCUGAAGAAAAUCAGCCCCAAAGCAUGAUGCUGCCACGACCAUGCUUCACUGUAGGUAUGGUGUUCUUUUGGUGAUGAGCAGUGUUGAUUUUGCGCCAAAUAUACCUUUUGCAAUGAUGCCCAAAAAGUUCACCUUUGGUUUCAUCAGACCAUAACACAUUUUCCCACAUGUGUUUGGGAGAUUUCAGAUAUCUUUUUGCAAAAUUAAGCCGGGCUUUGAUGAUUUUCUUAGUAAGAUAAAGCUUACUUAUGCAACCACAUGAUCUCAGUUGUUUAUUUUUACUUCACCUCCCUGAAAGAUUGCUGUUUUUCAAUUGUGUUGUACAGGUUAUAGGUCACAUUAAAAAGGUGGAAGAAGUUGUGAAAUUAUUUAUCUUGAUUUAUUUUUCUUACAUGACAUAAACCUGACAGUUGAACAGGGGUGUGUAGACUUUUUAUAUCCACUGUAUGUCCAGGCUUGCUAAAGGCCUGGCUUGUUAGAAACAGUGGUGCUCUACAGAAGUGUAUAUUUUCCAUAUAUCCCGUCACUCUACAUGCAAACAACGCCUACAAGGUUGUGCAUAGAAAGCUAACUGUUCUCUAUACUUUACAUUCUGUAUUUCUUUUGGCUGAGGGUCAGUGUUGAGUGUAAUUAAUGUUAUUUCCUUGUGUUUCAAACAGCCCUCUGUCCCCUUUAACUACAUUAAUUCACCUUUUUCCCCCUUCUUACUCUGAACUAUCACUCCCUCUCUCUCUCCCUCCUCCUC